AUGGCUGAUCAUACAUUUUACGUUGACUUUUACAAUGAUAUUCCUUCAACAUAUGUUGAAGAUGGUGCACUUCUGACGUUUGGCUUAUACAUGAAAUAUCCAAAGGCUCCGGGUCUGAAUAAUAUCGCCUGGCUUAAAGCUGACGUUCCGGAAAAAGGAAUGGCAGGAGUCUCAUUUAAAAAAGAAUACUCCGUAAUUUCGGCCUAUUAUAAUGACGAAGACCAGAUAGGCGUUUACAAUUCCCGUCAAAUAUUUAAGACUGAGCUUGGUAAAGAAUGGACGCUCACGAAAUAUCGUAAGAUCGCGCAAUUCGAAAAAACAACCACUUACUCUGGUAAUCCGAAUGUUAUAUCAAUUCAAAACAAGUCUGGCAAUUUAGCGCAUCUUGGAAUCGGAAUCGAUGGUCGAUUAGCCUGUGUAAAACCUGUUUAUGACGGAGCAAAAACUGCAUUUAAAGUCAAUGAAACUUAUUUUGUUGGAGUUUUUAAUGAACUAGUCGAAGGCCAAGUGAUAACUGGGCUUCAGAUACAAUUAAUUUUGGAUCUGAGUAUAAUUGUGCGAAAGUUGUUGCAACACUUAACGGUGAAACUUUUAAGCUAUCAAUCACCUAUACGAACAAGCUGCCUUCAAGCCUUUAAUGUCAUCACUUUUGCAGUAUUUCAGGAAAAACCGACUCCGAGACGUCUUGUCUGGCUUCAAGCCGAUGUGCCAGAAAACGGCACCGCUUCUAUUGCCUUUGAAGAAGUAUACGACGUAGUAGCUAUCAAUUAUGAUGACCCAGAAGGUUCCGGUGUAUAUCAGUCACAGCAAAAACGUCGGACGAAACCAGGAGCUACGUGGGAGUCAAAAAUUAAAGAUAAUAUCCAACAAUUAUUUUUAACUUCGAAAGAAGCGCCAGAUGGACAAAUUCAUAUAAUUAAUAAUACUGGUUUAAAAUCAGAUUUUGGACUUGCAAUGUCUGGAAGUAUUAUCCAACAUAGAAAUGGCGUUCCUCCUGGCGAAGUAGCGAAAUUUGAUUUAAAGUUAGAAGCCACUCUUGGGGUUCUUUCGAAUCGCAAUGCCGGUCAAAUAAUCACUUUCGAUAUCGUAGACAUUGACAUUAAAUACGCUUCUCGUCAUGGAAUACCAUCCAUUGACCGCAAUAGCAAUAGUAGAUUAUAA